AUGUCCCGGUCCCGGGAUGCUCCCCAAGCUGCAGGACGACCCAACGGCGGUGCCUUUCCUGGUAGCCCCGACCCAAACAACACCGGCCGGAAUUCGAGUCCCUUCGAGCGUUACACAGAAAGAACCGUCAAGCGGCUACGCGCUAUUAUCCACGAUCGGCGUAGCCGGGCGCUCCCCUCGCCACCGUCGGAUAUUAUAGCAGAUCUUACCCGCCUCGAGCGGCGGCGCUUCUCUGGGCGGACGCGCGACGUUGUCGACAUAGCGAAGUGGCUGCACGAGCUGCUCGACGAAUACCACGUGCUCGGCAUCGCCAGCGGAGAAUCAGACCGGCAGCAGGUCCUCUAUGUGUCCCGUUUUCUGGAUGGCAACGCUGCUGAAUGGUACUACAUGAACGUCAGCGACAUUGACCAGGAGGUUGAGGACUGGUCAUUCCCUGGCCUGGACGUUGCCAUGUACAAAACGUUUGUGGACGCGCGCGUGCUCGCGAGGCAAACCGCCGCUACGAAGCGGUCCGCUACACUCGCUCUGGCGUCAGGAAGAUGA